AUGCCUAAAAAAUCAUUUAAAGAUCUUGCUCUUACACCAUUUACAGAUGGGUAUUUCACUGCGCCAGACUUGAAUAUUCCUCUUUCCACAAUCAAGAUUCCUUCUUUAUUCGUUUGCAUGUUGAUUGUUGCCAUAUCUUUUGUUGUAAUUGCUGGUGGAACAAUCUUUUGCUGGGUACAGGGAAUUCCAUUUAUAUAUCCAAGAUUAAAUGAAAAAGGACAAAUAGAAACAGUUGUUUUCAUGCAAGAACUUUCUUACCAAACAGGAUGUGAAGGUAUAAUAGCAAGCUCAGUUUACCUAUUUGCAUCUUUGUCAUUGAUAUCAGCUUGUUAUGUCAUGCAAAAGAAGCAAACUUCUGAUGAUGAUAUCCUCUACAAUUGUGCCUUAGUAUUUGGCUAUACAUCACCAUUUUGGAUUAUUUGCGCUAUUAUAGUUUUCAGAUGCAAGAUACCAAGAUAUUUCCCAACACCUUUUAUCUGA